UCAGGAGGCUCCUGCUCUGAGGCAGAACACAGGUUGUUCUCAGUGAUAUUCUCCAGCUACAAUCAGUACAUCCGCCCAGUGGAGAAUGUGUCUGACCCAGUUAUCGUGCAGUUUGAGGUGUCCAUGUCCCAGCUGGUCAAAGUGGAUGAAGUUAACCAGAUUAUGGAAACAAACCUGUGGCUGAGACAUAUCUGGAAUGACUACAAACUGAGGUGGGAUCCCAAAAACUUUGGAGGAGUGGAGUUCAUUCGAGUGCCUUCUAGCAGGAUAUGGAAGCCAGAUAUCGUGCUGUACAAUAAUGCAGUAGGAGAUUUCCAGGUGGACGAUAAGACCAAGGCCCUGCUUCGCUACAAUGGGGAUGUGACCUGGAUCCCUCCGGCCAUCUUCAAGAGCUCUUGCAAGAUCGAUGUCACCUACUUCCCCUUCGACUACCAGAACUGCACCAUGAAGUUUGGCUCCUGGACGUACGACAAGGCCAAGAUAGACCUAGUUCUGAUUGGCUCCACCAUCAACCUCCAUGACUUCUGGGAGAGUGGCGAGUGGACGAUCAUCAACGCCCCGGGUUACAAACACGACAUCAAGUACAACUGCUGUGAGGAGAUCUACACAGACAUCACCUACUCCCUGUACAUCAGACGGCUGCCUCUCUUCUACACCAUCAACAUGAUCAUCCCUUGUCUGCUCAUCUCCUUUCUCACUGUGCUGGUCUUCUACCUGCCUUCUGACUGUGGGGAGAAGAUCACCCUCUGUAUCUCCGUCCUCCUCUCCCUCACCGUGUUCCUCCUGGUCAUCACCGAAACCAUCCCGUCUACGUCUCUGGUCAUCCCCCUCAUCGGGGAGUACCUCCUCUUCACCAUGAUCUUCGUCACCCUCUCCAUUGUCAUCACUGUGUUCGUGCUGAACGUGCACUACCGCACGCCCAAGACCCACACCAUGCCGUGCUGGGUGCGCAGCGUCUUCCUGGGGCUUCUACCCAGGGUCAUGUUCAUGACCCGGCCGGAGAGGGACCCUGAGAGGCUGCCUGAGCCUGGGGGGGUUGUUCAGCAGCUGAUGCCCCCAGCCUCGCGGCCCUGUGUGGUCCACACCACAGGAACCCUGCAGGGGCAGCAGAAGCCCCAGGCCCUGGUCUCCACCGUGGCUGCCAGUGUGCUCCCAAGCCUGGCCCAGCGACAGCGCCUCUUCAUCAGCACGGAGCUCACCAACCUCAAUAACCUUAGCCUUGGUGGUGGUGGUGACUCGGUCAAUGCGGGCUCCAGCUUCCUGUGUCGCGAGGGCCGCUGCAACUGCUGCUGGCGCCAGAGGUCCACCAAGCUGCCCACUGAGACGGGAGGAGGGGGUGGCGGGGUGGGGAGCAUCGGGACCCACAGUGGAGGAGGGGCUGCUGGGAUUGGGGUGGUCUGUGGAGGCGGUGGAAGCUCCUGCUCCAGCUCAGAGUCUUUGGAUGGCAGGCUGAUGACCCUGUCCCCUCACUUCUCACCGGAGGUCAGGGAGGCCAUGGAAAGUGUCAAGUACAUCGCCGAAAACAUGAGAAUACAGAACGAAGCCAAGGAGGUCCAGGACGACUGGAAGUAUGUUGCCAUGGUGAUCGACAGGAUAUUCCUGUGGGUGUUCAUCUUGGUGUGUAUCCUGGGGACCGCUGGGCUCUUUAUCCAGCCCCUCUUAUUGUUCGAUAUGUGACCCACUCAUACACACAGCAAUUGCACAGUGACUGAGUGUUUUAAAUCAUACAUAUACAGUCAUGUUGUGUAUCACCCAGUGAUGCGGACCAAAGAAGCUGAGACGAACCAAUACUGUGAACGGAAGGGAACCAGAUUAUGGAGGAAGGCAAGCUGCUGCCAGCUGUUCCAUGUCACUUCUCUGUAUGUAGAUACGUUUCUGAUCGCUAUAGUGUGGUGUAGUAGUGAUCUCUUAGUUGCUAAGGACCAGACUCUGAAACCAUGGCAACGUGUAACUCUGUACUGCUGCCUACCCAUUCCCUUAUGUUUGCUCUGUGUAAAUUACUUCAUCAUAGUGUCACUUGAUUAUGACUGGCACAAAGAAACACACUAUCGUCAACAAAAGGACCGUGGCUAAAGGAACAUCUAUUGGACCAAAGGAUCCCAAACAUGUACAUAGCAAUGACUGCUUAAAAGGGCUUUCCAGGAGUACACAAGUAUCUCAAGUCAAUUUCACAGCUUAUUGAAUUCAUAUCAUGUUUUCAAAUGUUGAACAUCGCUCAGUCAUUUUGACAUUGUUUAUUUGUGAAAUAUUCAUGUCUUCUAUAAACUUACUGUAUGUUCUUAUGUACAGCUAGCUAUACAGUAUCAUUCAAAUCUGAUUCUAAUGCUCAUUAAGAUUUCAAUGAACCACAGUGUCACAAUAUAAUAAUCACAAACUGGUGAAAAUGAAAUGCCUAUGAUGCAGGAUGGGCAACUUUAUUACACCAUGUGGGUAAAUGUGGAAUAACUCUGAAAGCAACCCGAAAUGCUUUUCAUUGUGCUGUGAGGGGUGACACCAUGUGGUUAUUCUCUGCUACUACAAGUGACCGCAAUAUGAUCCAGUGGUCACUACCAUAUGUCUGCAAUCAAAGACACAAGAUUUUGUGUCUUCAUUUUGCGUUUUUCAUUUGGUUUGGCGAAGCACUCCAUUUUGGACAACUUUGAAAACAGCUCUCCAAAGGCUCUUUCAACCGAAACGUCUGCCAUGAUCCAUGGUCAUUGGACGAAGUGACUUCUGAAGAGGAGUGAACACAUGCUAACCUA